AUACCAUUCAGACUGACGCUCAACACACCAACAUUUUAGGGGCGAUGAAGUGUGGAGUUCACUUAAAACUGGACAUCAUCAUACAAUAAUUGUACGUGAAUACGGGACAUAGAAUUUCCUGACGUGAUACAGAGAGAGAAGAUUAUGAUGGACUGGCGUCUUGUUGUAACAGUUUUAGUGAUAUACAUUCUGAUUGGGCCAGGAGAAGGAAAAAAGUGUGAGGUCAGCCGAGCCAGACUUAACCCAACCCUAUAUUAUCUGAAGACAUGCCCGGGAGAGUGUUGUUCCGACCUGAGUUUCAAAUUGUGUUGCGAAGUUCCCGAUGAGCUGAACGUGACUGUAGUCGUCGUCUUCUGCGUCGUGACUGGUCUUAUCAUCAUCGCUAUCAUCGUCGGUGUGUUCUGCUGUUACAAAUAUCAAAAGAAGAAAGUUUUAGAAGAGGAGGAAGAUGACAAAGAGAGUUAUCAAUCAGAAGAGAUUGGGCAUCAUUAUAGGGAUGUCUCACGUCACCAUGGACACCCGAAUCCACGUUAUGAGUAAUCAUAUUUUUGCUAACUGAUCUCUAACAAAACUGGAUUGAGAUGUGAUACAUAUGUAGGUGUCAUCGGUGUGGUUGUCCUAAUGACGAAUUGAGCAUGGGGACAAUCAACUACAAGCAUGCGUAGAUCAAGCUUGUCAUGGUGAAAGCGACCGGUUUUAUUUCAUAACUUGCCUUACUUUAACUGUACAAAAGGUACAAAUGUAUUACGAUAAACAAUAAAAUAAAGAUUAUCAAUUGGAAUAAUUAGUCAAAACUAUACUUGAUAGUUUUCUUUCCUAAGAUGUAGCACAGGUAUAAGUGUCUCUUAGCAUUUGAACCGGAUGUGUUACAAUGUUCCCAGCUUGUAAUGUAAUAUCAAUGCGGAUAUUUCCCGGAAUGUUAACUGAAAACACAUGUCAUUCUCGAACUUUCUACUCAUUAAACUAAAACCUGAUUUUAAUCUAGUGAUCUCCAUGUUUUCUGAUUCUGUUGAUUUAUCAGUACAGUCAACCGUAUAUCACACGUCUUUAAUAUUGUUAUAGGAUUGUUAAUGCCUGGUUUAGUUGUUUUUGUAAUUCUCUAUCCGAUAUACGUCCUGUAUAAUUUACAGAAUGCAUAAAAUGUU